ACCCCAAAGCAAAAUCAAGCUACUUCCAACUCAACAUUAUGUAUAUCGGGAUGUCAGGUACAGAAAACCAAACACGAGACGAGGAAUCACCGGUCAACGGCGACAUUCUAGAGGUCGUACUCUCUCGCGCGCCGCUCGUCGACUUGGUGGCGGCGUCGCUGGUGUCCAAGUCUUGGAGCCACGCCGUGACUUCCUCCCUCCGGUGGCUCAACAAGCCCAAGCCCUGGCUCUUCGUUCACACUCAAAGCACGCGUUCCCCCCAAGAUGUCGCCACGCGCGCUUUCGACCACCGCUCCAGCGAGUGGGUCGACAUUGCUCCCAACGCCGCCGCCGCGUCAUCCGUCUACGUCUCGCCCAUCCGCUCCUCCAAUUCCAACCUCAUCUACAUGCUGUCCCCCACCACGCUCUCCUUUUCCUUCCACGCGCUCAGCGCCGAGUGGCAUCACGUCCCGGCGCCAACGGUGUGGCGCACGGACCCGAUCGUCGCGUACGUCGCCGGCUCCAUCGUCAUUGCCGGCGGCACGUGCGACUUCGAGGAUGACCCCCUGGCUGUGGAGAUGCACAGCCUCGAGGACGGCGCCACGUGGCAGACGUGCGAUUCCAUGCCGCCGAUUCUUAAGGACUCGUCCGCCUCUGUGAGCUAUUAUUGUUUAGUGCAUUUGUUUUAAACUUGUUUUUAUUAAGCACGUAGGUGUGUUACAUGUUUUCAUAAGGUCAUUAGUUAUUAUUUCAAAUUAAGUAGUGUACACGCAUGCAUAUAGGAGAUUUAGUCAAAAUAACCACCCAUGCACGUAGGAGUAGUUGUUGCACUAUUUUCUCAACCAUUUUCACCCACUCUCAAGUUGUAUUAAGUAGGAGGUGGAGC